AUGGGCCCGAGCCAAAUCAAUCCUCCCAAACCAUCCCGCGCCGCUACUGCGCGCAAACCCACAGCUGGCGAUCCACCGGAUCGCCGCAACCAAAGCCCCGCCUCCAACGACAGGGCCCAUCACCAGCCACCUCGGCUCGUAGCUAGUCCUCCACCGGCGCCAUACUCGAACUUUCCGCCAGGCUACGUGCAUCUCCCACACACCAUGACCGGUCCACCCCACCCUCCGUCGGGACAGGCCUCUGGUCCUGCAUACCCAGCGUACGGCGCACAGGGAAGCGCCGACACAUACGCUUACGCUGGUGCACCUUACUCUUCCGGAGCUCAUCCCGUCGAGCCGCGCCACUUUGCUCGCCCACCCAGUCGCACGCAAUCGCAAAGCUCGGGAUCCGGCUCCGGCGCCUCGCCCCACCACGAAGUCGUACCGGGGCCUCACUACGCUCCGCACUAUUCGCCCUCGUACUCGACCGUGAGUCCGAACCCCUCUGCCGGCCAUUCGGGACGCACCAGGUGGGCAUGGGUCCCCAUCGAGGUUCCGCACACUCAUCUUCCCGAUGAUGCCCACAUGCAGUACCCCCCGUACCACGGCAACUACUACCCAACCUCGACCGGUUCGGCGGCUUCAAGCACAUCCUCAUCCCACCAGCCCUACCCGCCGGCGUUCGGCGAAGGCUCAGGACCGAUGGCAGCCUCCUACGGAGUGCAAGUCCCGCCAAACUAUCCAACAUCCUAUCCCUAUCCUGUGCAUCCGAACCACUACGCCUCUGCCCACCAGCACUCCUCGCACCACCAUGCAGUGACGCCCGGCCGAGGAUCGUGGUCCGGCUUGACUCAGCACGGAUCCCAACAUCCAGGCGCCAACCGCGAGGGCCUCUCACCCAGCGGCGGUGGUGGCAGUCGUCGACAGACUGGUCCGCCGUCCCGCUCUGUACAUGGCGCACGCCGGCCCAACUCGAACUCCUCCGGCAACCAAUCUUCCUCGCCCAUGCGAGGUCCUGCCGGUCUGCCUCGACGUCCCAGCUCGACCGUGGCGCCCGAGGCAGAGGAUGUGGCCGCAGAGAGCGACGUGUCGCCCCAGGCACUCGGCGUGGCAGCAGUCCCGCUUCAAUCGGAUACAGCUGACACGAAUGUGUCGCCGUCGGCCACUGGGACGGACGUCGAUGUUGAAGGAGAGCUCGAUGUCGCGGGCACCGAUCGCGUGCCGGGCAGGGGUCUCCGACCGCACUACCAUCCACAGCAAGGGCCGCGUUCCGACUUUGUUCUCUGGUGCGGCAACGUGCCGCAGGAUGCAACCGUAGAAGAGCUUUGGGAGGUGUUUUCGCGCCUCACCCCCAACGAGUACGAGCGAUGGCUCGCCUCGUCCGAGGGCAAAGAGCAUCGCAGUGCGGCAGACGAGGAAGACACCGACAUCGACGGACACGGCGUCCUGUCCAUCUUCAUCAUUUCGCGCAGCAAUUGCGCCUUUGUCAACUAUGCCAGCACCGCGCAUCUCGAUCGAGCCGUCCGGUACUUUCACGGCAAGCAGGUACGCCCCCACGACGCGCGCUGUCCCAAGCUCGUCUGCCGCGUGCGUAAGAAGGACGACGAGGCGCAGGCAGGCGUGGCCGGUCAACGAGGACGCGGCAUCCAUGUCGCUUGGCUCAAGCAGAAACGCGAACUUGAGCGAGCGCAGGCCUCGCCCAACGCUCCAACGGCCGACCCGUCUGCGCACGCGCCACCGACGGUGCCAUCAUCAGAGCCGCUCUCGCCACUCUCGCCGCUCUCGCCACCCGGAAGAGACUCGGCUCCUGUGGCUGCAGGACUCACCUCGGCAGGCUCGUACAGCUCGAGCGGAUCCGCGUCAUACACCUCGACCAACUCUUCGCUCUUCCGACACCCCGCCUUCCGUCAUCGCUUCUUCAUCCUCAAGAGCCUGCGCGCCGACGACCUGGAACGCUCAAUCGAGACUGGCUAUUGGGCCACACAACCGCACAACGAAGCGGUGCUGGACCAGGCGUACCGUAACAGCGAGACUGUCUAUCUCGUCUUUGGUGUCAACCAGACGGGUCAGUUCUACGGCUACGCCAAGAUGGCCGGGCCCAUCCACACGCACACGGCCGAUGCCACGAGCAAGGAAGAGCAGCAGCGCCGAAUCAGCCUCUCUUCGGUGCGCUCCGCCGCCUCGGCGAGUGCGCAGGCUGCGACCGUUUCCGAGUCGGUUGGCGAUGUGUCGGGCGAGUCGGGUGUCACGUCGGCCUCGGAUCCGAGCUCCAAACGGCCGCAUCCCGUGUUGGACAAACACGACAUCCAAGUGGCAAGGGGCCUGUUUGGCAAUCUUUCGAUCGACGGCGCUGGCGAAGCGUUGCAGGCUAUACCCAUGACGUCGCCGCUCCCCAUCACGCCGCUGCUGGAGGAGGCUGGCGCGCGCACCGCCACGAUGCCGCAACGCAGCGAUACCAUCACGCCUCGCACCUCUGCGUUUGCCCAGUCGAGCACCUGGCCAUACUCGUCCAGCCGGGUCGGCAGCGACGGCGCAGAUUCGGCGGAACGUCUCAAGCUCACGACGACGCUUUCGGCGGAAGCGCCCGCCAUGACCGCCGAACCGGACGAGUACGGCGUGCGACGCAUCGACAUGGAGACCGAGUCGACGCAGACGACGUCGAGCCAGAGCGACCAGCCUUCGUUAGGCCCGAGCGAUUCUGCGUCGUGGUCGUCGGCCGAUCCACGCAUGGCCGAGCAGAUCGCGCUGCGCGCCGUGAUCCACAACCUGCGCCUGGACGAGAUGGAGUCGCGCGGCAAGGCGGAGCGGCUCGAGAGCCAGCUGCGCCACGGCAGCAACGAGACGGAAGCUACCGUGACGGCCGCCGGAAGCGAGCGAGGCGCGCCGGAGAGCAACGAACGCACGCCACCGCGACAAUCGUCGUCCGACUCGUGGGGCAAGCCAUUCCGCGUGGAGUGGAUCUGUACGGACCCGCUGCCGUUCCAGCGCGUCAAGAAGCUGCGCAACCCGUGGCGCGACAACAGGCAGGUCAAGGUGUCGCGAGACGGCACCGAGCUGGAGCCAGGCGUCGGCCGUCAGCUGUUGGAAGAGUGGAACCGGCUGCCGCCAGCGUCGUCUCUGGCCGUGGUAUCGGACCGCGCCGCAUCGAGCUCGCACACGCCGGCUGCAGGUGCUUCUGCCGCUGCCGUAGCGAGCGAUGAGGAGGAGUGA